ACACGCUCAAGCUCAACUUUUUCACGUUACAGGGCUUUGCGUAUCUUCCAAUUCCUCAAACCACCGCUUCACUCCUUUAGCGGGCAUUCUUUUUUUACUCCAAUCUCUGUCCCUAUAUAUACAAAAAGUAUCAUUCCUCCAUUUUUCUCGGAAUCCUCCUUGCUGGAAUUACUCGCGUGUUGUCGAUCGACGAUUAGGGAAAUUAUCUUUUUUCAUAUUCCGCUUCUCUCUCCAAUAUGAGGUAUUCAUGGGUUCUCCUCGGGGCUACUGCCCUGCUUUCCGGUUCGGUCUCUGCUCGGGGGCACCAGCACCGCCGUCAUGCUCACCCAGCUGGUUUGUCUGCUUCCAACGGUCAGUGUGAGGUUGUUCCGCCUCAGUGCACAACCUACACCAGCUCAAUUUUGGUUCCUGUCGGUGAGUACUUGCCCAAUUCCUGUUUACUUGGGGUGUUGAAACUAAUUUGAUGUCGCAGGAACCGUACCGCCAGGUGACUCUUCGACCCUUAAGCAUACCAUGACCGUGGUCCCAGUUGUCGAGCCAACCACCACCCUGAAGACCACGCUUACAGCCACAGCCACGUCAACGAAUGUGGUUACUGUCACCAAGCCCAAGUCCUCGAGCGUGGUUUCUGCUUCUGCUCCGCCUGUUCCUACCCCGGUAGUGACUGUGUGCCCGACGCCCGGCACUUAUACCAUCCCAGCCAAAACGGUUGUCAUUACAAGCACUGAGACUGUUUGCGUUCCUGAGACUACCAUGCUCCACCCUGGAAUUCACACCAUCGGAGGGGUUACCACCGUUGUCGACGUUGCUACUACUGUUGUCUGUCCGGUUGCUGCUGUUGAGACUGCUAGUGGUGUUACCACCAGCAAGGUCGUUAUGACCAGCUAUGUUUGCCCCACUCCUGGUACCUACGUUAUUGGCGCUUCAACCACCACUGUGACUGGAACAGUUACCGUCCCUUGCACGUACCCGGUACCGACCGCAUAUCCUCCGGGAACCUACACUCAUCCUGAGGUUGUUACCGUUGUCACUGUCACUAGCGCUCUUGUUGUUUGCCCAUUCACUACUAGUGGACUCCCUACUUCGGCCCCGGCUGCUCCUACCACUGCUUCUCCGGCUGCGCCUACCACUGCUUCUCCGGCUGCACCUACCAGCGCUCCUCCGGCUGCCCCCACCACCACUCCUUCGGCUCCUGCUAGCACCGUCUCCGCCACGUCCGUCUCUCAAUCUGCCAGUCCUUCGAGCUCCGCGUCUUCCCCCAAGCCGAGCUCUGGUGGUGAUCUCUGGGCCAUUACCUACUCCCCAUACUCUGCUAAUAGUGGCUGCAAGACUGCUUCUGAGGUCUCUUCUGACAUUGCCAACAUCGCUUCUAAGGGGUUUAAGAACAUCCGUCUCUACUCCUCUGACUGUGAUGGUCUCAAGAACGUUGGGUCUGCUUGCGAGGCUAACGGUCUUGGCAUAAUUCUCGGUGUCUUUAUCAAGGCUGGGGGUGUCUCCACUGCUGAUGAGCAGGUUAAGGAUAUCCUUGCAUGGAAGAAGUUCAACUUGGUCGUUCUCUUCGUUGUGGGUAACGAGGCUGUCUUUAACGGAUUCUGCUCGGCUGAGGAGUUGGCUGCCUAUAUCCUCAAAGUUAAGGGUCAGCUGCAGGGUGCUGGAUACACUGGGCAUGUCACCACAGCUGAAACUCUCAACAUUCUCCAAGCUCACGGUAGUGUUAUUUGCGCCGCUGUGGAUGUUACCGGAGUCAACGCUCAUGCCUUCUUCAACCCCGGUGUCACUGCCGACAAGGCGGGCGAGUUUACGAAGGGUCAACUCAAGCUUGCCAUUGGUAAGAUAGUGUUCAUUCUGGAUAUCAUGAGUAGUUGCUAACCAGUUUUCAUUUUUUACAGAGGCCUGUGGUGGAAAGCCAGGAUAUGUUCUUGAGGCUGGAUGGCCAUCUGCAGGUCAGCCCAACGGAGCCGCUGUUCCCGGUGUCUCUGAGCAGAAGGUUGCCAUCGCUUCCAUGAUCAAAGAGUGCCCUGGUCAGAUCACUUACUUCUCUUAUGAGAAUGACAAGUGGAAGACGGCCGGUGCAUUUGGUGUUGAACCCAACUUUGGUUGCUCUGGUCUUUUCUGAGUGGUUCCGCUCAAGUGAAAGGGUGUUACAUGUACAACUCUAAACUUCUUUGAUACAAUAAUUUACCUCCUUACUAUUUACCUGUCUUUUUUCCUUUUUAUACUUGCGCAGUGAGCGAUCGUGGUUUUCGGGAUUAUAUUGAUGAAUUUUCUUUAUGGGUUUUAUAUACUUUUUUUUUUUUGACUUCUAAAUUUCACGUUGUCUUGGAGAUAUCCUGCAGGGUUUUGCGGAGGAAGCGGUGUAGUGAGUGAGUGUAAUUUGUAUGAGUUGUCCGAUGUAAUGGUGCUCUCAAACGGGGUAUAUAAUAUUUGGAAGGGAUGAAUUCAUUUGUUUCUAAUCG